UAAAGUUAAUUUUUUUAAACAACGAUGUCCUCGUAUGUCAUUAGCCUGAAACAAACUUGGGAAAGAGACAAUGCCAUUAUUUUUGUAAACGUGAUCUGUUUUACUGAGUACGAUCGCACGUAAUGUUUGUCACAGGUCAUUUAUUUCAAUGUAUACUGAAACGUGACGUGUCUUAUCCUACCAACAUGCGCAUUUUAUAUACUUCAUUCAAAUAACUUCCGGUUAAGAACCAAAACAAAUAUUUGCGGUUUCAAGGCCAUAUUUUCUGAUAGUGUGCACGUAUAUUCAACGUGUUGACAUCACUUGAAUUACUAAAAUCUUGAAAGAAUAAACAAUGAAAAGUAUGAAAUUGCUAGCGGUACUUCCAGGGAAUUGUAUUCAAAGUCUAUCAAAGAACUUUUCCACAGGACCGGCGUCCUUGCAGCGACACUUUAAAGUUCUUGUUGUGGGUGCAGGUGCCGGUGGAUGUUCCGUUGCAAAUAAAUUUGCGCAUCACGUUGGCGGUGAGAAAGUUGGAAUUAUUGAACCUAAUGAUGAGCAUUACUACCAGCCUAUGUGGACUCUGGUCGGGGGAGGUGUCAAGAAGUUACAAGAUUCUGUACAGAAGAUGUCAAAGUUACUACCUAAAAAAGGAACGUGGAUGAAAACCAAAGCAGUGGCCUUUGACCCUGAAAAAUGUACAGUUACUACAGCAGAGGGAGAAGAGGUCAAAUAUGAAUAUCUAAUAGUGUCGACAGGUCUACAGCUGAAUUACAACAAGAUUAAAGGUCUACCAGAAGCUUUUGAUACUGACCCAACAGUGUGCUCUAACUAUGAUUAUAACUACGUACAGAAAACAUGGCCAGCGAUCCAAAACUUCAAGGGAGGCAAUGCUAUCUUCACUUUCCCUAACACCCCUAUCAAAUGUGCAGGAGCACCACAGAAAAUAAUGUAUUUAGCUGAAGAUUGGUGGAGAAAGAACGGUAUGAGAGAACAAGCAAAUAUUAUAUUUAAUAGUUCAUUGGGUGUUAUCUUUGGUGUAAAGAAAUAUGCUAACAGUCUUAAUAAAGUGAUUGAAAGUCGAGGUAUGAAGGUCAACUAUAAGAGAAAUUUAAUAGAAGUCCGUCCAAAAACAAGGGAAGCUAUUUUCCAAAAUUUAGACAGUCCAACUGGAGAAACAGAAACAUUUAAGUAUGAAUUUCUCCAUGUGACUCCACCAAUGUCUACACCAGAUGUUGUUAGAGAUAGUCCAUUGGUAGAUGCCAAUGGUUUUGUUGAUGUUGAUAAGAACACUUUACAACAUAAGAAAUACUCCAAUAUAUUUGGAAUUGGUGAUUGUACCAAUGCACCUACCUCAAAGACAGCUGCUGCAGCAGCUGCACAGUGUGGGAUUUUAGAGACAAAUCUGAAAGCUGUGAUGGCUGACAAACCGAUGACUGCCCAGUAUGAUGGUUACACAUCCUGUCCGUUGAUCACAGCCAGAGGAAAAUGUAUUUUAGCAGAGUUUGAUUUUGAUGGCAAUCCCCUGGAAACAUUCCCAAUAAACCAGGGGAAGGAGAGGAUGACUAUGUAUCACAUGAAGAAAGAUGUAAUGCCUCAGAUCUACUGGCAUAUGAUGAUGAGUGGACAUUGGAAUGGGCCAGGUGUUUAUAGGAAAUUAAUGCACUUAGGAAUGGAUGGUCCAGAAAAGCAGGCGGCCUCUGCUUAGGAUAUAAGAGACUAUAUGAUGUUUUGGAGAAGAUGACUGAGAAAACAAUCAAGUGUAUUCUUCUGUGAUUAAAUAAAGAUUGAUACAGACAUUUAAAUAGUGAUAAAUGCAUAACAAACCAAAGUCAUAACUUUAGAAUUUUGUCAUAUUGACAUUCUUUUAUUGUUGGAUUAGAGAAAAGUUCUCUUAAUUUAAGUCCCAAAAAAUAUAUUUGCUUGUUUCCUGCCUCUUGGGUAAGCAGUUAGGUGAAAUUAAAUUACUUUUUAUAACUAUUAUAUAUUAACUACAGUGUAUAUACCUGUAUGGAAAAUUUCUGUACUUUUAAUGGUGCUUAACCAAAAAUGUCCAUAAAAUGUGUUAUGGUAGGCAUGAAUAUGCAUUGAAGGUAAGGAGGCAGGUAACAGAACAAUUUUUUUGAUUAGCUUUAUAACGAAAUGCAGGCCAGUUUUAUAAAUUGUGUUACACUUUAUUAUUGUUUUGUAUAAUGUUAAAUGUGAAUUUAAAGUAUUUAAGAUUGAUUGAGCACACAAAAGUUUAUAAAGUGUUUAGAAGAGUACAAUCCAUUGCAGUUUCAGAAAUUAGUAUUUUUUUGUAUGUUUUUUCAUUUUGUAUAGAAUUAUAUUAAAGUCACAAUGGAAAAAUACUUUGUUUUUUGAGAGUUCCAUAUAAAUGUUGUUCUUAACUUAUGUGAAAUCAUGUAGUUCAAAUGUAAAUUGAUCUAGUUUGCGAGUCAAUGUGAAAUAAGUAUAAAACUUGUCUAACCAGAUUUUUGUCAAACUAAGGAAUGUGUUACUGUGAUUAGGAAUUAUUGAUGUUUAUAAGAUUUACAAGGAAUUCUUAUGUUCCAAAAUGACCCCUUGGAUAUUUUAUGCACAAAAUUUUGCAGAUAAGGAAACUGACUUUGAUGUUUCUUCUUUUUAUAUACAUUUUUGCUUGACCAUCUGAUUGAUUUAAAAUAUGUUAUAUACUGUGAUCAUAUAUAUUUAAACUAAACUGUUGUACUAAAAUCUUUUGAUACCCAUGUAUUUUUAUUGUAUAUGAAGAGGUCUCCAAAACUGUACUCCUCUCAGGUCACAAUUUAUACAGUUCUAAACUGAUCUGAUUCUCGGUUUCAGACAUUUUUAAAGGUCAAAGGUCCUUUGAAGCGAGACCUCAGGUCGCAAGGUUGCCCUCCAAACAUCCACUUUACCAUGUUGUAGCCGCAUAAAGUAGCAUUUGAAAAACUUUGUUUAACAUUUAUCAAUAAAGAAAAAGGUUUAACUGUGAAAGGAAAAUACAAAAAGCAAAUAAGACAUUCCCAGCAUCUUGUUUUUAUGUUAACAGGUAAACAACACCAUUUUCUAAUUGUUUUCAGUUGAAUAAUUAGUAUUUAAAAUCUUUCAACUAUAUAUAUAUUUGUUAUUUGAAUUUUUUGAAUACAAUAAAUUAUUAUAUUAUUAUAAA